AGUCCGCUGAGGCGGAGUUGAGAAUGGACUGGUAAACCUGAAGCUCUUCUUUACCUCCAGACUCAGCCACAGGAACCUGGAAAUUCCCUGGAAAAUAAACACUCACAGAGGCGCAGCUAGAUUAAACAGCCAUAUGAGUUGGGGGGAAGUAAGUGUAGUUUUAGGUGCUUGUUCUCGGACUGGUCUCGUACUUUGUUUGGCAGAGGGGCUGCGGAGCCGCACAAAGCCGGCGGAGGCUGCAGCACUACCGUACUGCUAAGAGCAGCAACAGGACAAACCCCACUGCUCUUUAUGUCUCUUUACUGGAACUAUAUAAUGAUUAGUUUUUAAUUCCAUUAAUUUUAUUGAGCAACGUUUUAUUACACAUUUUCCGAGUGCUGUUUUUGUUUAUUAAAAGCCGCGUCGUUUUUAAACUAGCAUGUGUUAGCAAGCGAACUAGCUUAAGCGAGACUAGCAGCAGCAGCAGCAGCAGCAGCCUUUGCUGGGUUACAUCACAUGCACACUGAGGAUUUUACAUUUUCACUUUAUGUUGUGUAACAACAACAACAUCACCGCCACUUUUCUGUUAUUUGGCAUUUUAUUUCCAUUAGCUGUGAGCUAAAUUGAUGUGGUAAGUGUUUCUGAACUGUGGUUUUAAUAGACUCCAGUAAGAUGUGAGAGUUAGUGGGUUAAUUGUCCUGCCCCUAAAUGAAAUGUUAUUAGCGUUGAAUUGGAGAUUGUGUGGGAUUUAUUACCCUCAAGGGAAUAGUGUGGGUUUAGUGGACUAAACAUUGCUGGACAGGACUGAUCACUGGACCCACCAAGAAGAACAGCGCGUACCGAGAAGUUCCCAGGAAUUUAAAUUACCUUCCUUUCGGGAUACAGUUGAGGGAUUAUACGGCGUGAUCGCCCCCCUGGUCUCUGAUGCGGAGAGUCUGAUCGGCCCGGGCGGCCCGCCAUGCUGAAGUGCAUCCCUCUAUGGCGGUGUAACCGCCACGUUGAGUCGGUGGACAAGCGGCAUUGCUCUCUGCAUGCUGUACCCGACGAGAUCUACCGCUACAGCCGCAGCCUGGAGGAGCUUCUGCUAGAUGCCAACCAGCUCCGAGAACUACCCAAGCCCUUCUUCAGGCUGCUAAACCUUCGAAAGCUUGGCCUGAGCGACAAUGAAAUCCAAAGACUUCCUCCUGAAGUGGCCAACUUCAUGCAGCUGGUGGAGCUGGACAUCUCCCGAAAUGACAUUCCCGAGAUCCCUGACAGCAUUAAGUUUUGUAAGGCACUGGAGAUUGCAGACUUCAGUGGAAACCCACUUUCCAGAUUGCCUGAUGGCUUUACCCAGCUCAGAGCAUUAGCCCACCUUGCACUCAACGACGUGUCACUACAAUCACUACCCAAUGAUAUCGGAAACUUGGCUAACCUGGUAACUCUGGAGCUGAGAGAGAAUCUGCUAAAGACUUUGCCCACCUCUCUGUCUUUCCUGGUUAAACUGGAACAGCUAGAUUUGGGCAGCAAUCAACUGGAAGUAUUGCCGGACACACUAGGGGCACUUCCCAACCUUCGUGAGCUUUGGUUGGACAGAAAUCAACUUUCCUCUCUACCUCCAGAGCUGGGAAGUUUGCGGCGGCUUGUAUGCCUGGAUGUUUCAGAGAACCGACUAACAUUGCUGCCCUCCGAGAUCAGCGGCCUCAUUGCCCUGACUGACCUGCUGCUCUCACAGAACCAUCUGGAAAUUGUGCCUGACAGCAUCGGCUCCUUAAAGCAAUUAUCAAUUUUCAAAGUGGACCAGAACCGUUUGGUGCAUCUGACCGACUCAAUAGGCGAAUGUGAAAACCUCACAGAGUUGAUCCUGACUGAGAAUGUCCUACAGUCUCUCCCUCGUUCUCUGGGAAAGUUAAAGAAGCUGACAAACCUAAAUGUGGACCGUAACCGCCUAAGCAGUGUGCCUGCUGAGUUGGGUGGCUGUACCAGUCUCAAUGUGCUCUCGCUCAGAGACAACCGUGUGGGAAAACUGCCUGCUGAGCUUGCCAAUGCCACUGAGCUACAUGUACUGGAUGUGGCAGGCAACAGACUGCCGAACCUGCCCUUCUCACUGGCCAAUUUAAACCUGAAGGCCAUGUGGCUGGCAGAGAACCAGUCCCAGCCCAUGCUCAAGUUUCAGACUGAGGAUGAUGAGCGCACGGGUGAGAAGGUGCUCACCUGCUAUCUGCUUCCCCAACAACCUACACCCAGCUUAGAGAACCUGCUGCAGAGCAGUGUGGAUGAGAGUUGGCCCACAGACACAAAUCUGAACAGAGUGUCAGUCAUUCAGUUUCAGGAGGAGACCAAGCCUGAAGAGGAGGAUGAUGAGACUGCUGCAGAGAGGAGGCAGGGCCUGCAGCGGCGAGCGACUCCUCACCCCAGUGAGCUGAAGGUGAUGAAGAAUGUGAUAGAGGCCAGAAGAAAUGAGGCUUAUACAGCCAAGCCAGAUGAAGAUGCAGAGUCCCCAGACAGUGAGGAGAAACGGUCGAGCGGACUGUCCAAUCAGAGCCACGAAUCCCAGGCUUCCAACAGCACAGCCUCCGAUAAUUCUCCUAAUGAGAAGCAGAGAGUAAAUGGCAUUGCAGAAUCUACUAACCGACAUGCUCAAGAGCCAGAAGAUGAGGAGAAUGAUGACAUGGAGGUGGAAUAUAAUGAGCCCUUUGUGCACUUUGCUGAGGAGCCAAUCAUCCGCGGAGGCGAUGAGGAUGACGAUGAUGAAAACGAUGGGGAAGACGAGGAUGCUCCUGAGCGGAACGAGUCUUUUCCCUCAGAGAAACAGCGCCUCAUCCGCAAAGACACGCCACACUACAAGAAGCACUUCAAGAUCACCAAGCUCCCCAAACCCGAGACGGUGGCUGCCUUACUGGAGGAUUUUCGCGCCGAUCCACCCCCUCCAGCCCCUCGCAUGUCUGUGGAAGAGAGUGAGGCUGACGAGGAGGAAGAGGGAGUAUCAGUUAAAAGCCCUUUUUUACAGAGACUGGAGGCAGCUGAGCUGGAGGACAGUCGGCUGACUCAGGCAAACUCCUCGUUACAACCGGUAAAGGGGGUGUCAUUUGAUCAAGUCAAUAAUCUGCUGAUUGAGCCUGCUCGAAUUGAGGAGGAAGAGCUGGUUCUGACUAUCCUGAGACAGACUGGUGGAUUAGGAAUCAGUAUAGCAGGAGGGAAAGGAUCCACUCCUUACAAGGGAGAUGAUGAGGGUAUAUUUAUCUCCAGAGUGUCAGAAGAUGGCCCAGCUGCACGAGCUGGGGUCAAAGUGGGAGACAAACUACUUGAGGUAAACAAUGUAGAUCUGCAUGGAGCAGAGCACCACACAGCAGUGGAGGCUUUGAGGAGCUCAGGAACAUCAGUUACCAUGGCGGUACUGCGUGAACGCAUGGUAGAGCCCGAGAACCCUAUCACCACUACACCCCUGAGACCUGAAGAUGAUUACUUCCCUCGAGAAAGGAGGUCCAGUGGCCUUCCCUUUCAUCUGGAGUCUGGAUCCAAUGCGGUCAGCACGGGGCCCUGCCAACGAAUAGCCACUAGCCUGAUCCGCAACGACAAGGGCUUAGGAUUUAGUAUUGCAGGGGGCAAAGGCUCAACUCUUUACCGGACUGGAGACACGGGAAUCUUCAUUUCACGUAUUGCUGAGGGUGGUGCUGCCCAUCGAGAUAACAUCCUCCACGUGGGUGACAGAGUCAUAUCUAUCAAUGGUGUAGACAUGACAGACGCCAGACAUGACCAAGCAGUAGCUCUGCUUACUGGCACCUCUCCCACCAUCACGCUGCUGGUGGAGAGGGAACAAGCGAGUGCCGGUGGGUCCUCACCCCGAGGACGCCCCCACUCCCCGCCUCCUCCAGAGCCAUCAGACUCACCUGAGCAAGAGGAGGCCGGAGAUGAGCACCUGGAGAACCAUAUAAGCUGUCCAAUGGAGGACGAGUACCCCAUAGAGGAGGUGACACUGGUCAAAACAGGUGGUCCAUUAGGCCUAAGCAUUGUCGGCGGCAGUGACCACGCCAGCCACCCUUUCGGCGUCAACGAACCAGGAGUGUUUAUUUCAAAGGUCAUUCCCCAUGGUCUGGCCUGUCAAAGUGGGCUCCGUGUAGGUGAUCGCAUUCUAGAGGUGAACUCCAUCGACCUGAGACAUGCCACCCACCAGGAGGCUGUUAAAGCUCUGCUCUCCAACAGUAAGGAGAUCCACAUGCUGGUGCGCAGGGAUCCCUCACCCCCUGGCAUGCAGGAAAUUGUUAUUCACAAGCAGCCAGGAGAAAAACUGGGUAUUAGCAUUCGUGGUGGAGCCAGAGGGCACCCAGGGAACCCCUUCGAUCCAACAGAUGAGGGAAUCUUCAUCUCUAAGGUGAGUUCCAGUGGAGCUGCAGCACGGGACGCCCGCCUGAAAGUAGGCAUGCGAAUCCUGGAGGUGGGCAAUCACAGUCUCCUGGGCAUGACUCAUACUGAAGCAGUGAGGGUGCUGCGAUCCACAGGAGAUUCCUUAUUAAUGCUGGUGUGUGACGGAUUUGACCCCAGGAAUGUGGCCGGCAUGGAGGCAUCGCCUGGCAUCAUCGCAAACCCAUUUGCUUCAGGAAUUGUUCGAAAGAACAGCAUGGAGAGCAUCUCCUCUAUAGACAGAGACCUGAGCCCAGAGGAGAUGGACAUUAUGCAGAAGGAGGUUGAGAUGGUAAGGGAGACGUCUCAGUGGGAGCGGGAGGACAUGGAGAAAGUGGAACGUAUGCGCUUGGAGCGCGAGGAGGCUACUCGCCUGCUGGAAGAGGAAGCAGAGAAUUUAAACACUGGACCUCUGAAACUGGACUACAAGACACUGGCAGCUCUUCCUACAACCAGCCUGCAGAAGGUCAACCGGCUUUCUCUUUCCUCUACUGAAUCCUGUCCAAUGGAGUGUGCUCUUCAGGCCAGACCGGCUGCUGCUAUAGAACCUCUUGUGUUUGAGAAGGCUCAUGCUGUCCUGUACCAUGUAGAUGCCCCUGUUCAUCCCUCAUCACAACCCUGCCUAAUUACAAGUUCGCCGGUUCCCAAACACUCCUCAGCCAUGACACAGGACCCUGCUCCAGCACCCACUAUUGCACCAGAGGAGGAGGAGGAGUGUCUAGUGGACUCUCAGCCAAUGUGUUUUACUGAAAAUCCCUUUCUGGUUGCUAAUCGCAAGAGCAAGGGUCACCCUCCCAGUGAGCGAAUCCUUUCAGGGCCACCAACGGGCUAUGGCAGGCAGGGGAAGCUUCAGACCUCUCUGUAUAACAAGGCAUCACCAGCUGAUGGCCAAAGGGUCGACAGUCCUGUAAGAGAGGGACAUUACUCCCCCAGCCCACAAUUGCCAAGAGUUCAUCAGUCUUCAUCCUCUUCCCCUGUGGCACUGGGCAGAGAGACACGUUUCGCAAGCAUUCAUUUAACCUCCAAUGUGACUACAAAGGACCAUUCAGGAACCAAGCCUGGUGCCAUUCAGCCUAUCUCAAGGGUGCGACCUCCGGCGUCUCCAUCAAGUCAGGAUGGCCUCAGUAGUCCUACACCUUUCCGGCAUAGCCCCUCCCCCAUCAACUCCCAAAUCACUCAACGACCCCCAUCCCCUGAUACUUUCAGCCAAUUCCCUGUCAAUGUCAAGCAGGCAUAUAAGACCUUUGCUGCUGUGCCCCACUCCAUGGCUGUUCUGGAGCCCCCGCAGGAUUUGUAUGGCCAAAGAAACAACGUUCACCCGAAUCAGCUAUCACCAGAGCCUGAGCUGUGUAAUGAAGUAUUUUUAGUUGAGGAGGGUGAAGGAGAGGGCCUGAGCCCUCGCCCCUCCCUCUCAUCCGAUCGCCGCGAGUACAGGAGUCUGGCAGCCGUGCCACGCCUGUCUCGUCCCUCCCUGGAGUCUAAGACCCCGACCCUCGGCGGCAGAGGCAGCCCGGAGCAGCGAUCCUUCCGAGACAGGCAGAAGUACUUUGAGAUUGAUGUGAAGCAGCCAUUGCCAGACAAGCCCAAGCCACGUGUGUCACUUGUAGGAGAGGAUGAUCUGAAGAAAAUGAAGGAGGAGGAAGCUAAACGAUUUGAGCGGGUACCGGGGUACAUGGUGGAUGAGGAUGAAGAGGAUGAUGAGGAAGAUUUGGCUAAACAAGUGGCACAUAUGAAGGCCCAGGGCAAAGUCAUCCUAGAUGGAGUGGAGUACAAGGUGGAGCCGGUCAGCGGCCACACUAAUACUCCGCCCAGACAGUGCUCUACGCCUCCCAGCUAUUGUGGCAGCUCAGGGACUUCUUCAGUAGAUGGUAAAGUGGAUUCCCAGCGUAACUCCAUGGAGGACAGCUUUAGACUGGACCAGAGACCCAAUUCCAUGACAGGUUUGAUACCCGUCUACUCCGGAGAGUCUGCUGCUCCUAUUCGUACAGCUAAGGCUGAGCGCAGGCACCAGGAAAGGCUGCGCAUGCAGAGCCCUGAGCUUUCUGUGGCUUCAGACAAGGACCUGUCUCCUGCUGAGAAAAGGGCCCUGGAGGCUGAGAAAAGAGCCAUGUGGAGAGCUGCCAGGCCUUAUGGUCUAGAGGAGGACGUUAAGCAGUAUGAGCAAGACCUGGCCAAGAGGCUCUACCAGUCACGCGUGAGGGCAUCGUUAAACAGUGCCGCAGCUUCUCCCACUACCUGCUCCUCUACCUCUCAGCCCAGGAUGAAGUCUCUGGAACAGGAUGCUCUCAAGGCUCAGAUGGUCAUUGCUAAGUCUAAGGAAGGAAAAAAGCGAGGCAACUUGGACCAGUUAGCUGAAUCACCCUCUCCUGCUCCCACACCCUCUCCCACCCCUAUUGAAGAUUUCAGCCCGCGAGCUGUAACAUCACCAGGUCGACUGUCUCAACCAGAAAAGAAGUUUGACUACCGACAAUUUGCUGCCAUUCCUUCUUCCAAACCUGUAUACGACAUUCAGUCUCCAGAGACCACAGAUCUUUACUAUAACAUUGAUGCUUCCACUAACCCUGUUUCCUGUGGUGAAUCUGAGGUGACGGUAGCUACUGUGGCUGCUACAUCUGCUUUGGAGGAGAUGGCUUUGUACAGCAACAAGCGCAAACUCCGCCAGGGCCGCCGCAGUCUCGAGACGCCCGUUCCUACAUAACUACACCCGCACACACUUCUUUUCACUCACUCACACACUCAUUUGUGAUACAGAUUGUAAUGGUAGUGCACAUUAACUAGGAAUGCUAUGAGCUAUAGAGAAAACAUAACGGCAAUUCACAGAAAGGUGUGAAAGAUGCUCAAACUCUCUCCGCUUCAGUGCCGACCAUCACAAAGACAGUAAAACACUACAGCUUCUUGUGUCCUGCACACCAGCCUUGCCUUUACAGCUAACACUUAGCAUAGUGGGAGAGGAUGAUAACUAUACCAUGCACACUUCAUAAUUAGUUUUUUUCCUUACAUGCAUUAGUUUGCCUUUUAAAUGCUAAAUUAUUUUUAAAUGAUGUUGAUUUGGGUUUUUUAAUAAUUGAAUUUAAAAAUUUUGCAGAUUUUAAUGAAAAAAAAAAUCCUGAUUUAAGAAAAGAAAGUGUUAACUUUUACUACCCGUCUCCCAGAAAACCGGCCAUUUCUAAAGGAAUCGUUUUGCUACCUUUGCUGCCUUAUAAAGGACAGAAUUUUUUUUCUUCUUGUGCAUAAUUUAUAAAUGCAGUUUAUUUUAUUUUUACCCGAUCAAAAUAAAUGCAUUUGAGGCGUUUGUCAGUUAAUGUAUCAGUCACGAAGACAACUUCCUUUAUAUCAGAUUUUGUUAAUUGCACAGACACGUUAGUGAUCUAAAGCUCUUUAUCAAACGAAUAACCAUAUCAAGUAUAAAAAUUAGUCACUGGCUUUUAAUCCAAGAGUUGGAUUUGGAUCAGUGGUGCGAAUGAAUGUAUGUUUUUGUUAUUGGUCUGAGGCCUUCCCACCAUUUAAGCUUUAAACAUUGUCAUAUUUCACAUUGUAUAAGUGUGAGUUUAAUUAAACUAAAUGGCUUUUUAGUCUCCCUGAUCCAGAACUAGAGGAUUAAAGUCUACACAGGACAAUAUAAAAUUGCACAGAGAAAAUGUACUUCGAUAUUAGGUUUGUUUCAAAGUAUGCGGUCCUUGAAUAUGCUGUUUGUUUUUUUCUGUUUUCUGGACCAUGUUGCAUGCUGUUACUGGAACAUUCCCAUUAUCAGCCUGAAAGACACAGAUACACAUUUUUUCAAACUGCAAACGCAAUCUCUGACCAUGAACAUCAAAAGUACAAGUCCAAUAAAAAGAUCUAGGUGUCUGUCUUGCUGUCAGUAUCAAAUAUGGUACUGUGCUUUUCAUUAAUGUAACACUGGGCUUGAGAAUGAACUUUACAUUCACUUGGGUUUUGGUUUUUCACAAAUCUCAUGUCUAUAAUCUCUGGAUUGGUUACUCCUGACAGGCAUGUGAAGGUAGUCGGUAAUGGUUUUAUUGGGUGAUUUGAUGGUUUUUUUUAUUUGUUUUGUUUUUUUAAAUCUAAUGUAAACUGAAGCCACUGAAAUGCUUUUACUGUGUGAAUAAUGUAUAAAUCAUUGGGAGAAGCGAAACUUGAGAUGGAACUGAGCCAGUCAGCACAGAGACCGAGCAUCUAUGACAUCCACACCCUGUGUGGACUGGGUGCUUCUUGCAUGUCUGGCUUAAUGCUAAUUUUAUUUUCAAUCCUGGGUGAGGUUAAAUAGAAGAAGAGGAAUUUGUCAUCUUUAAUAAAUCACUUGACCGUUCUGUGGUUAGGUGACGACUAUGUAAAACAAUAGCUUUAAUUUAACUGUUCUAAUCUUAGUUUUUCAUCUUGCUCUUGCUAACUCAAAAAACAGUUUUGAGUGAUAACACUUUACGAAUGGCUAAUUAAUCAUGUAUUGUAUUUUUGUAAAGAAAAAGAAAACACAUUUUCAUGCUAUGUGAUCCACUACAUUUUGCAGCAGAACAGUUGUUUUGAUUUCAAUCGGGCGGGGGGCUUUUUUGCUACAUAGGAGAUGGAGGGGCUGAAAGCUUGAGAAUAGAGUUCAUUCAGGACUGUAACUAGUGAAUUUGUACAACCAAAGAAGUCUAUUUUGUGGUUCAGGAAUAAAGUUUACUUUUCAUUUAA